AUGUCGGCACUGGCGCCGUUCGAAAUGCCCGGAUUCCAAUGGGAUCCAAUACCCGAUAUCCUCUUUCGUGCGCCCGUUACCAGCUACGGAAAAACGUUUUUAGAAGUUGCGGCAAGCGAACGAUGUGACGUCAUGGCCUUGGCGAUCCAUCCAAGCGCGGAUCAAAAACAAGCAAUGCUAUUAAUUGGUCUGCGCUCUGGUACUGUGAUGGGCUAUUACUUUGACAUGCAUGGGCUGUUGCACGUAUCGGAGAAAGCAUUCCAAAAGGUGGCCAUAUCGGCGCCCCAGCACGUCUUUUCUUAUCGGUCGCAAGGCGCAGUAUGCCACAUUGAAUUUGUCAAUGCAACAGAAUUUAUUGCUUCGUAUACCAAUGGUGAUAUGGUGCUUGCAGAUGCGUCGCGACUUUCGGACCCGCCGCUGUGCCAGUAUAAAGGGCAUUGCAAUCAUUAUUCUACAGGACUUGCCCGGUUUUGUCCCCUCACACCGCCUAGCAUGACGAAGCCUACUGAGAAGACGACUGUGCAGAACCGGAAGGCACACGUUGCUACGAAGCUUGUGACGAAGGGCAGCUCUGGCCAGAAGGUGCUCCGCAAGGUGCGCACUUCCGCCUCUUUCUACCGCCCGCAUACGCUUCGUCUCCCGCGUAACCCGAAAUACCCUCGCAAGAGUGCUCCUCACGCGCCGCGCACUGAUGCUUACAAGGUGCUUCUUUUCCCCGUGAACACCGAGAGCGCUAUGAAGAAGAUCGAGGAGGUCAACACGCUUGUUUUUAUUGUUGCACGCCACGCGAACAAGUACCAGAUCAAGCAGGCUCUCAAAGAGGCGUACGAUGUGGACUCUGCCAAGGUGAACACGCUCAUUCGCCCCGACGGCAAGAAGAAAGCGUUUAUCCGUCUCACGCCUGACCAGGAUGCGCUUGACGUGUCCAACCGUAUUGGUUUCAUUUAA